GGUACUGACAAGCUCUACAUUACUCACUCUGAAUGGUCCUCAACUGAUGCCUAUUCCGCUAGUGCGGGAUCGAAUGUAUCUCAAAAAAGUGGUGCGGGCUCUAACUUCAAAAGACUACCAUUUAACUUUUGUGCUGCCAGUCUAAAGCCUUUUAAGAACCCGGUUUGCACACUUGAAGGCACUAUAUUUGAUAUUGAAGUUAUCAGCCAGUGGCUAGAUAAGCAAGAAACAAACCCUGUAACAGGAAAAACUCUCCGAAAAAAGGAUCUUAUCAAGCUGAACAUCGCUCGAAAUGGCGACACCGAUGCGAAUAGCAGUCGCCAUGGCUGUGGCGAUAAUAAGGGUGAGAUGAUUGAUCCCGUCACUUUCAAGAUUUUUACAGACAAUACACACGUUGUUGCGAUUAGACAUGGAAAUGAAGCAAACGUAUUCGCCUGGGAAACUGUUCAGAAACUAAACAUCGAGGCCAAACUUUGGUCUGAUCUUGUCGACGACAGAGAAUUCAAGCGGUCAGACAUUAUCACGCUUCAGGAUCCUCGCUCUCUUGAAGGCAGGGACUUCAGCAAAUUCAAAUUCUUGAAAGAUUCCAACACCUCGAAAAUGAUGGAUAAAGAGGCUUCCAAGGAUCUUGGAGUUGAAGAUAGUCAAGGAGAAAAAGUCUUAAAAGCCAAGGAGGCCCUAGAAAGAGUAAGGAAAGAAAGAGCCUCCAAGAAAAAUCUUAGUCAAGUGAACAGCUCAGCAAGUGCUGGCGGAAGUACGUUAAGUAGAGCAUCUCAGAUUCAAGAGAAAAGUCUCGCUUGUAAUGCAGCGCAGUAUACCACAGGAAGAGCAGCUGCAAGUUUUACUAGUACUGGCCUUACUCCAGAGACUAGUGGCGAGAGAGCCCUGCUUACGGAUGAGGAAUAUAUGCUUCGACCGAAGAAAGUCAAAAACAAAGGGUAUGCGCGGAUCGAAACUAACUAUGGCGCAAUCAAAGUGGAGCUCCAGACCGAAACAGCACCAAAAGCGGUAUGGAACUUUGUUCAUCUCGCGAAAAAGGGCUACUACAAUGGAGUCAAGUUUCACCGAAAUAUUCGCAAUUUUAUGAUUCAGGGUGGAGAUCCUACUGGAACAGGAAAGGGAGGCGCAAGUAUUUGGGGAAAGAAUUUUAGCGAUGAAUUUGACGGUCCCUUGGUUCACGACUCUAGGGGUAUUGUGAGCAUGGCGAAUAAGGGGAAGAAUACAAACUCGAGUCAAUUUUUCAUAACCUACAAACCAGCUAGGCACUUAGAUCGAAAGCAUACCAUUUUUGGACGGGUCGUGGGCGACUUGGAUACUUUAAACAAGCUAGAAAAUAUACCCGGCGAUGAAGCAAAUCGCCCACUUCAUGACAUUAUCAUGACAGAUGUCAAUAUUUUUAUUGAUCCCUUUGAAGAAUUUCAGAAGCAAAAAAAAGAAAAAGAGGAAAUUGAGAACCAAAAAGAGGAGAUAAAGAGGCUUGGAGGUACUGAAGAUGAUAGAACAACAUGGACAGGUAAAAGAAUCAGAGAUGAUAACUCAAUUGUUCGUCCGGAGGAGUCAGGAUGUGUGGGGAAGUAUCUUAAAUUAGCUCCUCUUGCAAAAUAUCCUUCCGACGAAGACCUGGUUGAAGUUGAACAUAACAAGAAAAGAGUCAAAUGUGGUGGGUUUGGAAAUUUCGAUAAUUGGUGA